AUGCGAGGGGAGGGAUUUCCGGCCGAUAUCGACGAGAAUCUUUACAGUACUAGUGGUUUCUCCAAGUGUAAUCAGUAUCAUACGGUUUCACCUACCCAGAGGUCUAUCAUCCUCCCCGCCUUUCUUAUAGAGUCUCUGCUUGUCAUCGUCCUAUUGAAGAACAAUACAAAGUACAACAACCUGACUUAUUCACUAUUCGCAAAGGAGAGCCGGGAGCAAGCAGCUGAAACGUGCCUAGUCCUCACACCUCUACUCUUGAGAGACUCCCCUGUCUCAUCAUGUCUCCAGUAUUCCGGGAUGCGAAGACUCGAAGAACCACUUCUCCCCUCCUUUCCUCUUCUAUGA